CAAACUUCGUCUUCUUGGUACAUUGCUUCAGCCAACCCACCUCCUGCGGAAGUUGCAAGAUCAGAUCGCGCGUUCCCUACGAUGGCGCAACCACAGUCGCAGGUGCCUCAGGCGCCUCCCCACCAGGUUCCCCAUUUGCAGCAAAUGUCACAGAUGCAGAUGCCCCAGAUGCCCCAAAUGCAGCAACGCGCUGCAUACUCGCCGCCCCAGCAUUCACCCUCCCCAGCGCCCGCGGGCACGCCUCAGCCGAACUAUGCGGGCACGCCUCAGCCGAACUACGCGAGCACGCCUCAGCAGGGCUAUGCGAUGCCUCCGAACAAGCGGCCACGCACCUCGCCCACUCCACCGCCGCCGCCGGCUCAGUCGCCAUACGUAGCUCCAUCAUACGCGGCGAGCCCCCAGAUGCCUGCGACAUCCGCCGCACCCCAACAAUACCAGACCGCAUAUACAAAUGGAAACUCGAUGCAAUCGCCUGCGCCAACACCGAUGCUCUCACUCCCCGAGACCCGUCCUUCGUACCCUGCGUCACCGGCGCCCGGUCCGGCAUCCGCAGCGACUCCUCCAAAUUUGCAGCAAUAUACAACAGCAACCAUGGCUCCCAUUGGGCCCCCUCCUCCUCCUCCUCCGGCGCCUGGCACAAUGGGGCCUCCUUCCAAACCACCCGCGAAGGAAAUUGAGUACGAUGUUGCCGACUCGCUGGCUGGCACGGGCAUCGACCUUCGUGCCGAGGAGCAGUAUCUAGCCGAGUUCUACGCCGGCUCAUUCACUCAGGAGGCGAGGACGGGCAUUCCAGCGAAUACACCAGGGAACAAGGGCUCGUUCUAUGGCGCUGGAAUGGCAAACCAGCCCGGCGAAGCCAUCACUACUCUCAGCCAGGAGGCUUACGAGGCCGAGGCGGCUCAGAGAGCGUGGGACGAAGCCGCUCACAGGCUAGCCGUUACGCGCAGCGUCGAGGUCGCCAAUCCCUUCCUCAUAAUUGCAAACUUGCACCAUCGCGUUGAGAUAAUCGCAAAGGAACACGGGUUGGGUCUGAACCUUGACCUGAAGAACGCAUACCCCGCGGGAAAACUGAGGCCUCCGCAAGAACUUGCCCCGCCGAAGGUCACGGUAAGCACGAAACCCGGGCCCGAUGGCGCCAUGGUGACGACCACUGGUUCUUUCCUUCCCCACGACGCCUAUCUCGUCGAUCAGCUGGCCCUUAUGUCCAUCGCCACCAAGCAUAGGUUGAGGGAGUUGGUUGAGGAUGCCAACACGGUAGCCAUCAACCGUCAGACGACGUCCCACGGGGUGAUACCUGCAGAAUGGGCCGACGUGGGUGUUCUUCUACCGACCGGUUUGGAAACCCUCCCGGAUGAACCGGAAGGCGCUGCGGCCGCAAACCCACGCAAGCGCUCGUUCGAUGCAUACGCAUCACAAAAGGGUGGUAAGCACGGGCCGAAGAACGUGAUGGAGGCUGUUCGCGACACUGCGAGGAUCGAGCGCGAUAUCGAGGAGGCAAGAUUACGGAAGCGCCAGAAGCGCCUAAACCCAGAGCCGGCCCAGACCGGAUCCCGCGCCGGAUCCGUGGCCCCCGGCACGCCCGGCGCGGGAGCAGCCCCCGAGACCGAGACGGCGGCCAAGGCACCUUCGAAGAAGGAGCUCAAGAAGGGAGCCGCUGCCGCGAGGCUAGCCGAAGCAUCCAGCACGGCCAGCACCAACCAGACUAUUGGUCACCUCAUGGGCGGUUUCGGUCGGAAAAAGAAGGAGUACUCGUGGAUGAAGAAGUCGGGUAGCGGUCCCAGCACGCCGAGGGCUGCCGCGGGAGAAGCGUCGUCGGCUGCCGCAGGUGGCGGUACCAAGGCGCCGGAAAAGGAACACCUCACGUCGGAUCCAAGAUACCCCCGGCUCGGAACCUGGCGCGAGGACAAGGAAAGGGGCAAGAACAUCCAGCUGAGGGAUUGGAUUGCGGCGCUUGAGAUGGACGGCAUCGAGGUUCGAGCUCUUCAAGAAGCCUACCUCAAGCUGGAUUCAUCGACUCCCAAGGACAGGAGCUAGGGCUUCCGGUUAUGGAUGGUCUUGCGUCCUGCAUUUGAAAUGAAUGGGGAAGGCGCCGGCUAGCUCAACCGCUCCAGCAGAAAGUCUCCCUAGAUUUGGUCUUCUGGUGGCUAGUUAUUGAGAGCUGAGGACCGUUCGAUACAUUCGACAAUACAGAAGGAUACCUGUACAUUCAGCACCUAGCCAGGAGCCAUAA